AUUUUUUAAACAUUCCUGGUCCAAAGUACGAUUUUGCGGCUGGUUCCGCAAUUACAGCGAUAACAUGGCUUCAACUGGACUGCUCGUGGUAUCCAACAUUAAGCAACUGGGUCAAUCGUUGCGUAGCAUUGAAAAAUAUGUAAACUCGCUGUACAUUCACUUAAAUGUGCCAGCAUCAACACUUCCAACACCGCCGCCAGUCUGGGGUCGACUUAUAUCACAAUUGUAUGCCGAUAGCAGCAGCUAUGUGGACAACAAGCUGGAUCUACGUGUCCUGGUAGCGCCGCUAAGGCAACAACACGAUGCGAGGACACUGAAACUGCGCAAACCCAUUGAUAUCAUAUUCUCGGAUGCACAUCACCCGGAACUGUGCGACAGGUUGCGAUCCGAAUUGAAUAUAAGCAAGCCAACAAUUUUUCUACAGGAUACAAAAGGAUGCACGGAUUUACAGGCAGACAGCGGAAAAUCGGUCAAUCAGAAAGUGUUUCCCAAUGUGGUGCUUGGCGGCACCUUUGAUCGCAUACACAUCGGGCACAAGAUAUUCCUCACACAGGCUGUGCUGCGCACCUGUAAGCGUCUCGUUGUCGGAGUGACGACGGCCGCAAUGACAAAGGGUAAAGUGUUGCCGGAACUGAUAUUGCCCGUUGAGGAGCGUAUUGCUCAGCUGCGUGAGUUCCUCUUGGAUAUAGACAACACCUUGCAAUACGAUAUUGUACCAAUUGAUGAUCCAUUUGGUCCGACACAACAUGAUCCGGAGAUGGACAUGAUUGUGGUCAGUGCGGAAACGUUGCGUGGCGGUCAAAAGGUUAACGAAAUACGGGCUGCUAAUCAACUCUGUCAAUUGGAUAUUUUUGCCAUUGAUAUUGUGGAGAGCAAUGUCAACGAUGGCAUUCAUGAGUCCAAGGUUAGCUCGAGCAACACACGCAUCGAUUUGUUGGGCACACGUUGGCAACAGCCCCUGGCACGCCCUGAGCUGCCCAGGCGUCCCUACAUCAUUGGUCUGACUGGUGGCAUUGCCUCUGGCAAGAGCAAGAUGGCCGAACGUUUGGGCAACAUGGGCGCCCAUGUCAUCGACUGCGAUAAGGUGGCGCAUGAUGUCUACGAGCCGGGUCAGCCGUGCUGCGAAAAGAUAGUGCAACACUUUGGCCAAGAGAUACUCGGCAGCGAUGGGCGCAUCGAUCGCACCAAGUUGGGGCCUCGAGUUUUUGGCAAUCCCCAAGAGCUGCAAGCGUUAAAUGCUAUUGUUUGGCCCGAGAUACGGGUGGAGGUCAAUAGGCGACUGGCUGUACUGCGUGCAGGAGCACAUGUACCCAAAGUGGUGGUGCUGGAAGCGGCUGUGCUCCUCAAAGCCGGCUGGGAGACCAACUGUCAUGAAGUGUGGUCCAUGAUUGUGCCGGCCGAGGAGGCGAUUAAGCGUAUCAUGGAACGCAACAAGCUAAGCGAGAGCGAGGCAAAGAAUCGUCUGGCCCAACAAGUGAGCAAUGUGGAUAUUGUGUCCAAAUCCCAAGUGAUCUUCAGUUCACAAUGGGAUUAUGAUUUUACGCAGCGGCAGGCGGAGCGUGCCUGGCAAAUGCUUACCAAGGAACUGGAGCAAGCUGAACGGAUGUCGAGUAGUCUUUAAUGAUUGCCAGAUAAAUUUCUUUUUAAUUUGCGUUGUUAGUUGUCAUUAUUAUUAAUGCAUUUCUGUUAAUUCUUGUUUAAAUUUAAGUCGAAAGUACAUGGGAGCAAUAAUAGUUGGGAUUAUUAACACAAAUGCUGCAAAUAAUUAUGUUUAACGAUGGCUCUCGCCCUUUUUGCCGGAGACACGUUUAAAGUCCGUCAUCUUGGUGGUUACAAUCGGUGAGCCAAUAAAGCCAAUAUAAUCAA